AUGUCUGGACACCAAAUGAGCCGUUCCAACACUUACAGCCGCUUGAACCAUUCCAAAAACGUAUCCUUUCUGGCCCAGACUGCAGGCUGGUCCCACUGCCCCAAUGUGACUGGGGCUAACCCCAAGCACUCUCGUAUCCCGAGUGGCUCAGAGGUGAGCAGCACCCCUUCAGAGCAGUCCGACCGCCCCAGCUCCCCCAGACUCUCAGUGAGGAGAAUCUGCAUGGGCCGGCCCUACAACUCCAAGUGCGUAGAGACAAGCCACUUGGCAAACUGCCCCAAGGUGGCCAGAAAGCCUGCUUGUCGUGGUAGCCCCCACUGCCUGCUCUGCACAGAUCGUCCCUCGGGUCCCUCUAGCCCCACCUUCCUGGACCAACUCAUCAAAGGCAUCAACUACCUCGACAGAUCCACCAAUGCCUUCUACACCAACUGCCCAAAAUCAGCCCUGAGCCUUCCAAGACUUGCAGCCAACUACCUGGAACACACUGCCAACUCCAUCCACCUGGACCACCCAGACCACACCUUCUCCCGCAGUUACUCCACCAGAGUGGCCGCCUCUGACAACUCCUGCAUCAGCACCUGCAUGGUGCCAUCCACGAGGGGUGAUAAUGCUUUGCGGUAUGUGGAUGACUCCUCCAACACGAGCUGCCAACGCCGGCUUCACAGCCGGAACCUCACUCCCAUGUUGCCGCAGAGGCCAGGCAUAAAGUUGCCUGAGCUCCCUCUGUUCAGCAACGGGAUCUUUUCCUUAGGUGGGCUGCCCAAGUUCUGGGAAGCAAUCCGCUCAGGCUGGAGAGCCCCUGAGCCCAUCUCCAAACCCUGCAGCUGGUGGUGACAUCGACACCAGCCAUGAAGUGGGCACAUGUCCAUCAGGUUGCAGUUGUGGAAA